AUGGACUCUCAGGACUCAUCGGCUCCGCCACCCCACCACCACCACCAGCACCACCACCACCACUUCCAGCAUCACCACCCCGGGCCGCCGCUGUCAUCCCACCACGCCGUCAUAAUGGGCCCACACUCCCAAACCCAGCUGCAUCCGCCCAACAUGCCGUACCCACUGCACAACAGCAACAACAUUUCCGCCGCAGCCGCCGCCGCUGCGGCGGCGGCGAACGCGUCUCCCAUGAUGCAUCAACAGAACCACCCUCGAUUCCCGUUCAACUCCGCCCCUCCCGUCCCCAAACCCGUGGAUCAUCAGUACUCCGAGGGUUCCCCUUCCGCAAGCGGCGGAGGCGGCGGUGGUGGCGGGGGCGGGGGAGGCUGGUUCAACAUCGAGCCGGCCAGAAAGAAAAGGGGGCGGCCCAGGAAGUACUCGCCGGACAACAGCAUCGGCCUAGGUCUGUCCCCCGCUCCUGCCAGCCAGAUUUCCCCAUCUGCUGCUGCCGGCGGUGGCCAUUUGGAUUCCGGCGGGGGCCCUUCUGCUGACACGUCAGGCAAACGCAACCGCGGAAGGCCGCCCGGUUCCGUGAAAAAGCAGAUGGAUGCGCUAGGGGUUCCAGGAGUUGGUUUUACGCCUCAUGUAAUUACUGUGGAAGUAGGAGAGGACAUAGCAUCAAAAAUUGUGGCUUUCGCACAGCAAGGGCCGCGCACGGUUUGCAUUCUAUCUGCUAAUGGUGCCGUUUGUAACGUUACUCUUCGCCAGCCAGCGAUGUCUGGCGGCACAGUGACAUAUGAGGGGCGCUUUGAGAUAAUCUCUUUGUCUGGUUCGUUCUUAACGUCGGAAAGUAAUGGUGCCCACAGUAGGAGUGGUGCUUUGAGUGUGUCUUUGGCUGGAACAGAUGGCCGAGUAUUGGGUGGUGGGGUUGCUGGAAUGCUUAAAGCCGCAUCACCUGUCCAGGUUGUGGUAGGGAGUUUUAUUGCAGACGGCAAAAAACCGAAAACUGGGUCUUCCUCAGCUGUUGCUAAUACUCCUCCAUCUUCGAAUAUGCUGAAUUUCGGUGCUCGAGCGACCGAGGCCAGCCCGCCUUCACCGGGUGGUUCUAGCGACUCGGGUGAGGACAAUGGUGGUAACAAUAGUAGUCCUCCUCUUCAUCAACAUGGAUCGGGCCCUUACCCUGCUGGACGACCCGUACAGAGUAUGCCCAUGUAUUCGAACAUGGGCUGGCCCAACUCCAUGAAGAUGCAUCCUAAUUAA